UUACGUUUGAUAGCGGUCGGGUAAGAUGCUCUCGGAGUCUGAAGGGGCAAAAAACAAUCUAAACCGGUUGGGUAGGGUUUCACCCGCAACAGCAAGAUGACCAAACGAAACAAGCCUUCUCUUCUCCGCCACACAUCAUGUCAUAUUCGCAAUCUCGGCGCAAGCAAUCUUGUUCGGCCACUACUGCCAGCUCAAUUGCUUUCCAGAGCUGCCCUCCAUAAUCCCUACUUUACUCUCCCGCCCGACGAGUCUGCUGUGUCGGUUCAAUUCCUCCUGCCCCCACACGUACCAACGAAUGAGAGCGUCUCAUCUCGUCCCAUUUCCUUUCCUGCCUGCCCAAGAUUGGUUGGCUGGAAAGCAGCCCUCUCUCCUCCAUUUCCAGCCACAUUCUGCCCAUUUUACGACCACACGCCGCGACCAGACGUGUUGAUUUGCCUGCCCGUCGUCCUCUCCUCACUCCACAAGGCAGAUUUCCUCUCCCUCGACAAAUCCGUAGAUAAUACUGUUGUAACCGACGCAGGAUCAUUACACUCGUACAUUUGAUCACAUAUCUGCACGUACAGAUCACCGGCGCAGGUAAUCUGUCGAUAGUCCAGCUUGGCUGCGCCGCAAGCUCUGCGAAUUUUCCGAUCGAAUCGAAACGCCUCUCUCUGGCGCAGCUGUGGCGUCUGUUCGCCCUCCUACUGAUCACAUUCUGGGCCGUCCAUAUGUCUCACGAGUCGAGUCGAGUCUAGUCGAAACGAAACUCUCUGGCAAAACUGUUGCGUCGGUUAGACCUUUUAGCGACCACAUUUGGGCAGUCCACAAAUCCCCAGUGGUACCUUCCAAAGGGAGAUUUUCUGCGUCUUACAGCUCCUAGAACGCUGUAGAAGAAGCAGGCGCAGCACAGCACAUUAUCCUUGAACCAUUCUUUGUAUACGAGGUUGGGAAACUCGGGGGGGGAGCGGAGCAAGCUGGCCCGUCUGUAGUACUGCGUCUUACAGCUCCUAGAACGCUGUAGAAGAAGAAGGCGCUCAGCACAUCGGAUUAUUGAGUAUACUUCCUCACAACUGUGGCUCGACACGGCCCUGGUAACCAUGAGAGGAGUUCUCUCUUUCGCCGACGCCUCUAGUCGCGGCUGAUGCAACCCUUCUAUCAUCACGGCGGUCGUUCGGCUGCUGGAUUCGAAUCUUGAGAGCUCCCAGUGGGCGAACACCAAGGCUACUACUAGGCUAGUACCACCAUUACUUAACUUACAACGGACACCUCUCUAGGACUUUUGACUCACCGACGCCUCCUAGAAUCUUGGCUCUUUGCAAGGCAUGGCAACACCGGCGGCCAUGGAUCUACCUCCGUUUUCCUACCCAUCGUCGUCGCCUCCCAGUGCUCCCCCCAGUCAGGAAUUCCCCUUCACCGACUUGGGUAACUCAGAAUCCCUCCUCCCGCUCUUCCCCUCACCUGCUCAACCUCUUCUGGCGACGCCUAAAGCCUCCACCCCGGAUCUCACUAACAACCGCAGCAGCUUAGGGUUUCAUCAUCCUUCCGAUCAGAUUGGUCCUAAGACUUGGCUGGUCUGCCCGGAAAAGAGUCUCGCACCGGAACCGGACUCCACCGCGCCUCUUUCCAGUACUCCCUCCCGGAAACGCUGCCAGAGCCAGCCGUUUCCCCGCAGCAGCAGCACCAGCCGCGGCAGCACUUGGCAAUCCGAGCACUGGGGAGCAUCAGCAGCAGCAGUCGCACUAGCGAGCCCCACAACUCGGCCGUCAGAUGCAGCAUCAGCACCGGCGCACAGGCGGAGAAGGAUCGGAGCAGCAGCAACGGCAAGCACGGCGAGCCUGCCUGCCAAGAUGCCGGCAGCAGAGGGGUUUGCGAGGGAGAUCCAGGAGACGGCUCGGUCUAUGAGCUUGGACCUGCCGCCCCCCUGUUGCUCCUCUAUGUGCUCGUACUUCUCUGUGCCCUGCAGGAUGAAAAGAGGGCGGUAUGGGGGUGUUGUGAAUGGAUCGGCUCGGAGUGGGGGGGCUGGGGUUCCUGCUGAUAGCAGCCUGGCGGUGCAGCAGCAGGCGCAGCAGCAGGCGCAGCAGCAGGCGCAGCAGCAGGCGCAGCAGCAGGCGCAGCAGCAGGUGCAGCAGCAGGUGCAGCAACAGGUGCAGCAACAGGUGCAAGAGCAGGUGCAGCAGCAGGCACAGCAGCAGCAGGCACAGCAGCCGCGUAUGAGGUGGCAGGAAGUGGCACAGGCAAUGCCGCCGCAGCAGCCUCUACAGCAGCAGCAGCAGCAGCAGCAGCAGCAGCAGCAGCAGCAGCAGCAGCAGCAGCUGGUGCAGCUGCCACUGCCGCCGCAUCUUGAGCUGGGGCCACAAGAGCAGCAAGCACUCGCAUGUCAUCUCCAGCUGAAUCCCCUUCACGGUCUCGUAAACAGAGUAAACACCUGCCUGAGCAGUUCACGUGCUAUACAUACUACUGAAACAGUUCAUAUGGGGGAUCAUGCGGCAUCUGUUGGAGACGCAGGUCCCCACCAGCUCCAGGUUCUGAGCCCGUGUUCAAUGGGCACAAGAGGCAGUGUGUGCAAGGAUAGGGAGCCCCUAAGGGAUGCUUUUGAGGCGCGACAGGAUGUGCCUUUCUGCGCAGAAAUGCAGGGUUUCCAGUCGUCAUCUGCAGCUGAGCCAGCUCAGCAACCACCGCUGUUGUUUGGCCGGCCGCUUUCGUCUGCCAGCCUUGAUGUGGAAAGCUCGAGAGUUGAGGUGAUGAUGCGAGGGAGCCAUUUUCAGAAUGCGGGUAUCAGUGAGAAGGAAACGGAUGCUUCUGUCGGCGAGAGGUGUCCUGCAGGGGGGGAUGUGAAUGAGGGUAAGAGAUUGUUUGGCCGUGUGCUUACUCAGACUAGUGGAGAGCCGGUGACAAGUAGUGAGGUUGAAACUUGGCGUUUAGAUCUUAAUUUAGGAUUGUAAAUAAAUGUUGGAUGUAGGGUAUGAUUUCACUUGUGGAAUUAUACUACA